AUAAAAUGCAAAUUAUGGUGACUUGUUAUCUUCUGUUUACUUUGUUUAAUUUUGUUGUGAGGCCUUUAUUUAUUUUUGCUGUACAUACUUUUAUAAAAAUAUUUGCAUUUAUAAUGAAUCUGCAGUUUUUUCCCUCUACUAACAGAGUGUUUUAUUUAUGUAUUUUGUAGAUAUUAUGAUAUAUAUUAUGGCAGUUGUAUUAUAUGAUAUAUAUCUAUAUUAUGACAAAUGAACCAUUUCAUCAUUUUUUAUUCAGUGUUUUCUACCUCGACUAUCUCAACUGAGGAGGAUUCUUGCGCAACAAGUCUUCAUUUAAAAGAAAAAAGCAAAACAUUUGAACUCCAGCCAGAGUCUAAAUUAUUUUCAGAGUCAUUAGAGAAAAAGCCAGAAAAGCCAGUUUUUGUUACCAAAUUCUCAUCAGCAAUUGCAACUGUUGGAAACACGGCUAAGUUUACUGUGAUUGUGUCUGGAUUUCCUAAGCCAUUUAUUCAGUGGUACCACAAUGGCCAAUUGAUAAAGUCCUCAUCUUUUUAUACAUUUGUCCAAGAGAAGGAAGAACACACUCUUGUCAUAACUAAGAUUACCAAAGAGUUGGAGGGAGAGUAUUCUUGCACAGCGAGCAACCGAUUUGGCAAGUCAACAUGUACUUCCUAUCUUCAUGUAAAUGUGAAAGACAUAAAGAAACAAGAAGAGACCAUUGGGCAGCCUCCGUAUUUCAUCAAAGCAAUUGAGCAUGUGCAGUGCGCAGUUGGGAGCCAUGCUCUCUUUGAAUACACUGUAACAGGGGUUCCAUUUCCUGAUGUUCAGUGGUACAGAGAUAGCAACUAUAUACAGCCUAGCAAGUACUGCAUCAUUGUGAACAACAAAGAUGGGUCUGGAUAUUUAAAGAUAUUGGGCAUUCAACAAAGUGACAGUGGUCUUUACUCUUGUAAGGCAUCUAAUCCUCUUGGAGAAACUUCUUGCAGUGCAAAACUUAAUGUAUUCUUGAGGACUGUUUUAACAUCUGAAGCCACUGAGUUACAUAGUGUCAGCCUUCCGGAACAAGUCAGAACUAGCCUUCAGCAGGGACACCAGAUGGCUUACACCAUUGCCACAGAAGAGAGACAAACUGUUGCAAGUGAGCAGAUAGAAACCUUGCAUACUUUAGAUAUAUCUGCAGCCACUGUGCAAAUGGAGCAGGUAACUCACCAAGCAGCAGUAUUGCAGUCUCAUGAUGUGCAGGAGGAAGUAAAAGUUGCCCCUGCCCAGCCAAACCCAGUGGUGGCAACUCCUCUGAAACAACUGCAUAUGGCUGCAAUGAUCUCUGCCGUACAAGAAAACAAAAGCUUUAGUGAACAGCACUGUGAUCAUAUUGUUAGUCCAGAAGUCAAAGAGCUUGAAUUGAGUUUUGAGACACCCUCAAAACUUAUGUCUGCUAUUUCAGAGAGUACUACACCUCUUAGCAUAGUGAAAGCUGAGGAUUUGAUAAAAAGUGAAACAGAAAAGAUUCACACAACUUUAGCACCAAAGGUUAGUGUUAUUGGUCCUCAAGUUGAAAUUAAGUUGCCAAUUCUACGAGAGGAAUGCACAAAUAUUAAAAGCCCUGAAGAGGCGAGAAGCUACAAAGUUACCGAAGGGGUUAAGUUAUUGUAUACUGCAACAUCAUCGGAGAAUGUCGCGCUUACAGCAUGUCAUACUGCAGAGCUAGCAACUGUUGAGUCCAUUGAAUGUUUAGCAGAAGAGGAACAAGCCAAACCAGUACUUACAUCAGUUAGUGAAACUGAGCACACCCUUUUAAAAGAAAAACCCCUUGAAAUGCAUAGGCCAGUUAAGGAAACUGCUCAGCUCUCUAAAGAUCCAAUAUUAAAAUCAGCCCUGAUUAUUGAAGAAAAGAACAAGCUUCAAGCUGACAAAACCACUGAAAUACCUGUCCUGGAGCAUCCUUUUUCAGUCCAUUCCCAGAAAGAAUUGGAUCAGGUGCUUAAUUUACAGCUUAUCAAAGACCAAGACACUCUUCUCUCUGAAGGCAGAUUUACCAUUGAGAAGCCAGAUUUGGAGUUGGCGGAUGUCAGAAAAAUGCCAGUUCUUUUACACACAGUUUCUUCUGAUGACCAGAAAACAGUUUUUUAUGAACAAGUAACACAGUUGGCAUCCAAGGAUACCGCAAUGGUUGCAAAGCCUAGAGUAGAGGUUCCUGCCCAACUGCAUCUCCACUCGCUGCAGUCGAAAACUACUUUAUGUAAAGAAGGGUUACUUUCAUUUGAAAAACCAGAUGAACAGAAAGCCACCCAGAGACAAGAAAAAGACUGUAAAUUUGUAGCCACUAAAGAAGAACGAGUAGAACUGACUUCAGAUUAUACCAAAGGUCUUGAUGUGACAGUAAAAGGUCUUAAGAUUGAGCAAAAAACAGAAGCCAGACCCUUGAGUGUUCUUCAGGUAGUCUCACAGCCUAUACCACUUUCAAAGGAAAGCCCUAUUGCCAGUGAAGUCAAGCCGCAUAGUGCAAUUGUGCAGAAAGAGGAUUGGUGGAAUAACAUGCAUGCAGCGUCCAUGUCUGAAUCUCAUUCUAUAGAAGAGGGUUUCACAGACAGUUUCAAAGCAGUUGAGAAAUUCACUUGUAAGACAGAUGUAGAGCCUAGAGUACCUGUUCAGCCUUUGCAUGUAGAGGAAAAAGCCAUAUCAACAGAAAGUUGUGUUGCUCUUGAGGCUGCAGAGCAAGACUUUGCAGUUCAGAUUCAAGAAGGUCAGUCUGUAAGGCAGUCAAUACUUAUGGAGGAAAAACUUACUCUGACAGGUGAAAUGUCUGAAGGAUUUACCAGAUCAGAGGGGACUAAAAUAAACAUUACAACACAGCCAUUCGAACCUCUUUUAGUAAGUGAAUCACAGGAAAGCAAAACUCUUCCCAAGGAACUUACCUUUGUAAUUCCUGUACCAAAAUCACACAGCUUGGACAUCAAACAGCAGUUAAAAAUGACACUUCAGUCUGCUGUGGCUUGUGAUCAGCCUUUGAUUUUGGCAGAUGUAGUGCAAGGUUUAGGAGUUGUGGAAGUAAAGGAGGUCAAUGUGCGUAUGGAACCGAAAUGCAUGAUGUUCACUUACCUUAUUACAACAGCUGGUCCACCUAUAGAAAUUACAAUUGUCUUCGAGGGUGUAUACCCUCAGACAGCGGCUCUUAAAAACGAACUUCAUGCUGCUUUCUAUUCUAUACUUAAUCAGGAGAAACCUGUCUUCAGCUCUGAACAGUCAAACAUCUUAAAACUUGACAGACCCGAGAGAUUGCUGGCUAGCCAAGCUUCUUCAUAUCCAUUAUCCACAACAAUUUUAACAGAAAAUGUUGAAAUGUUUACAACACCUAAAAUGCAGUCUGCUGCUCUGCAAACAGAAGCUCAAGUCUCUUUGCAGUCUGCAAUGACUCAAAGGCAAACUGCUAUCCUGGAGUCAGAGCACCAUGCAACUCAGAAGGCUGUAGAAUCCAAAAUGGAGGUCCACAGUUUCAGUGAGACUGAACGCAGGGAAAUGAAAUCCAUUUCAUCUGAACAUUAUAAGAGAGAGGUGUGUGUUUCAGAUAUUACAGUUGAUGCACCUCCUAGGCAGAUCGCUGUGGAAGAGUCUAUGAAUGUUCUUAUUCAAGAAGACAAAAGAGAGAAGGUUUUAACAGAGGACAUUUUGAUUGAGCAUUUGACCGAAGAGCUCUUGUUUGAAAUACCAUUAAAAGACAUUACUGCAGAGGAGAAUUCCAAAGUUACAUUGUCUGUGAGAAUAAAAGGUGUAAAAAGUGUAAACUGGCUUUUGAAUGGAGAAUUGAUCAAAUCUGGCAAAGAGUUCAAAUGUUUAAAGGACAACGAUUCUUACACACUAGUAAUCAACAAAGCUAUCAAGGUGAAACAUGAAGGUGAAUACACCUGUGAAGCUGUGAGUGAAGCUGGCAAGAUAUCAUCAUCAUCAUCAAGGCUCACUGUUGUCUCAAGAGGUUGGACUGUGUGGAUUUUGUCAUCUUAGAUGAUAUAGAUCAUUCUUAACAAAUCAACUCAGACCAUCACUAAUCAACCAGUUGGCACCCGCUACAUCAUCUUUCCAUUACUUCACCAUUUCUUUUAGAAUUAUUUUUAAGCAUACAUUAUGUAUGCUAAAUAUCUUUUCAUCCUCUUUCAAUAUAAUAUGGCACAUUUUCAUCUUCUGCUGAGUUCUUCAAGCAUGACCAUGUCAUGUAUGGCUCUUCAUCACCUAUUUGCUAACGUUCACAUCAUUCUUUUUUUUUUUCAUGUCAUCCCAGGAUUACUUUCAUUCCUACCUUCCCAUUUCUGAUGAAUCCUUAUAUAUCACACAAAUCAGGCUAAGUAUUCAUUUUUGUAUUUUAUCUUCUUACAAA